UGGGAACAGGUAAGGUCAAAAUACGUUCAGAAAGUGACUUAAAUCACUUGGUAACCGGCCGCGUUGAGCUGGUUUCAAAACAGACGCGUGCCUCCGCGUCCACAGGGGGCGCUGUUGUGGAUGAGUUGAGCUCAGAGGCACACAAGACGAGCGGCAGGCAGGCAGGCUGUUUUGGUGUUGUCUGGGCAAUGGCUGCCCCCACUAGCAGCUCCAUCCGCGUGCGGCUCCACUUUGACUACCCGCCGCCCGCCGUCGUGGAGUGCCGCAUGUGCUGGCUGCUCGUGGACCUGAACACGUGCCGCGUGGUGGCGGACCUGGAGAGCAUCAUCAGAGACAAGUUUGAGCUGAGCCGCAGGAACAUCGUCAGCCUGUUCAUAGAGGAGUGCUACCUGCCGCACACGGAGAGCAUCUAUGUGGUGCGGGACAACGACAGCAUCAGGGUGAAGGUGGACAGCCUCGCCCAGGUAAACGGUCACAGCAACCACCUGGAAGCAUCCAGUGACAACCCCAGGAAGAGGCCCAGACACACAGAGGAGGACAAACCAGCAGAGAAUGGAGAGAGCAUGGAAUGGAAGAAAAAAAAGCGGAAGAAAAAGAGUGAGCAAGUGAGCAUGGAGCAGGACACAAAGCGGGCAUCGGACGAUGAGCAGAGAAAGGACUCCAAAAAAAAGUCCACCGGGAAGAAGAAGUUGAAGGGCACUGAGCAAAAUGGCUCUCAUGUCAGCCCCAAAUCUACCACCUCCACCAAAAAAAGCGCAGCUGACGUCAGAGGCACUAAGAAGCCUGCAACGCCUAAAGCAAAAACACAAAAUGUCUCCUCCUCAGAUUCCAGUGAUAGCAGCAGUGAGGAGGAUGAAGCUCCCAAAAAAGCAUCUGCUCCAAAACCACUGCCCAAAAAGCCCUCCUCCACACCUGCUGCCCCCAAGGCGCCUCCAAAGACCAGACUCCCAAAUCCUGGCCCUUCCUCAUCCUCAUCCUCAUCAGAAACAGACUCUUCCUCUGAUGAGGCCCCCACUAAAUCAUCAUCCAAAACACUGUUGAAGAACACGCCCGCAGCUAAACCCAUCACCUCUGUGGCUCCCAAAGCAGGAGCAAGUGAGAGCAGUCCCACCUUGAAGUCUCAGCGGGCUCCCCCCGUCCCCCAGCCCACAGACUCUGCACAGAACCAGUCUGCCGGCCAGACUUCGCCUCCCUCCGACAAAGCUGCCCAACAGCCUGAGAGCUCCAGCUCAGAGAGCGAGGACGAGAUCAAGCUGGUUAUCCGGAAGCCAGCGCAAGGUCUGCUGAGCCGUGGUGGGAUGGCGAGUCAGUCCCCAUGGCGAGGCCGGGGUCGGGGGAAAGCCAGGGGCGGAGGCGGUCCUGGAGACAGGUGGAGGGAUGGAGGCAGAGGAAGUGGUAGAGGGCAAAUCCCAGACUUCCAGUGGAGCUACAAUGGUGGGCAGCAGGCCCAGCAGCCCCGCCCCAGCGAUCUGCUGACCAACAAGUCAGUGCUCCUGCAGAAUAGAGUUGAGGAUGCCCCCAGACGGGACUACAGCUCCAUGCCGCUGCUAGCUGCUCCUCCUCAGGUGGGGCAGAAGAUUGCUUUUAAGCUGCUGGAGUUGACAGAGAACUACACACCAGAGGUAUCGGAGUAUAAAGAGGGGAAAAUUGUGAGCUUUGAUCCAACCACCAAGCAAGUUGAACUGGAACUAUUUAGUGUUUCUCAAGCUCCUGCAGAGCCUGGGAAGUUUGACCUGGUCUAUCAGAACCCAGAUGGCUCAGAGAGAGUGGAGUACGCCGUGUCCAGAGGCUCCUGGGUGACAGAACGUUGGGAUUCCCUGCUGGAACCGAGGCUGGUCAUUUAAAACCCAACAAGGAGUGACGGCAGACGUGCUUGCUUUAGUGAAGCAGAUUUAAACGCAAACACAAACACCCAAAUUGAGGGUGACUUAAGUCAUGUUUUAACAGUAUGAAACCAUUACCACAUAAAUACAGACAGAUUGGUGUAGUUGCUGCAACCAAAUGAGACUGAGCAGACUGCCAGCCUCUACUGGCCUCCUCAUGUUCCACACAUGGGAGAUUGUUUUAUAUCAGGAAAUGGUAAAAGUCAGGAACUGUUUUUACUUUGCAGAUAAUUUGUAGUUUCAACUUGAUGUUAGGUUAGUUGUUUUGAAUCCACUCUGACAGUUGUCAAAGGCUGUUGCCAGAGUUUAUCCUUAUUCUGGCUCUUCUAAAACAACUGGAGCGGCAUUAUGAAUGAAGAGGAGGGUAAAGUAAUGACAUCCUUUGUUACUGUUGGUAGGAAAUGUGCUCUCUAUGUUUUGAGGAACACAAAAUAUUACACAAAGCCCUGUUAAUAUGAGUUAGGGGAUCGGAUCAUGUUGAAUUGCGUCGUGUUCUGCUGAUUUCUACCCAAAUGACUUUCCACAGUGAGAAGAGGGAUUUUUU